AUGGAGACAGCUCGUGGUGGUGCAACCGCGAAGCAGAGUGGUUUUCAGAUUUGGGAAAAGGAGCUUUUGGAGAGUUCCGAAGUGAGGCGAAAAGCAACCGUGGCUCAACUCUAUUUUCUGGACUACUACUUCCAGACAUUAGGCUACAUCGUCGCUCGGAAAGACCGUCGCACGAAGUUUGAUCAAGAUACCGCUGCUCGGGAUCUCAAACCAGCUGAGUAUGCGAAAGAAUUCAAGUCAUACUGUGGACGAGAGCGGGUGCUUCUUCGUCGCCGUCGUACGAAGCUCAAAGUUGACCAGUUCCAUAUCAUCGCUCAAGUAGGGCAAGGAGGUUACGGCGAAGUCUUUCUAGCGAGGAAGCAAGAAACUGGCGAGGUUUGCGCCCUCAAGAAGAUGAGAAAAAGGACGUUAUUUAAAAUGGACGAGAUCCGACAUGUCCUUGUUGAACGCGACAUUCUCACGGCGACGAAAACGCCAUGGUUGGUCCGUCUUCUUUAUGCUUUUCAGGAUCCCCAACAUGUGUACCUUGCCAUGGAAUAUGUUCCUGGAGGUGAUUUUCGAACUCUCCUGAACAAUUCUGGUGUUUUGAAAGAAGAACAUGCGCGCUUCUAUAUCAGCGAAAUGUUUGCCGCUGUUAACGAACUUCACAAGCUUGGCUACAUUCAUCGCGACCUUAAACCCGAGAAUUUUCUUGUAGAUGGUACUGGGCAUGUCAAGUUGACCGACUUUGGUCUUGCGACAGGGGCUCUCAAUCCUAAACGUAUCGAAUCGCUGAAAGUGAAGCUGGACAAAGUCAAAGAUAAUCAAAUAAUUCACAGAUCUACUAUGGAGCGUCGCUCUAUCUAUCGGUCUGUUCGCAAUGAGGAUCCCCGGUAUGCAGAUUCCAUAGUUGGUUCCCCUGACUAUAUGGCGAGCUAUACCCCCUCCCAAUCGAUUUUAUAAGUUUUACGGGGAAAACCCUAUACCUACUCCGUCGAUUACUGGUCCCUUGGUUGUAUAUUGUUCGAGUUUCUGGCAGGGUUUCCCCCCUUCAGCGGUAGUACUCCUGAGGAAACAUGGACCAACCUGAAAAAUUGGACCAAAGUCUUGCGCCGACCAGAAUAUGACAAAGCAGAAGACUUGAUCUUCAACCUGACAGAUGUAGCAUGGGAUGCAGUUACUCGGCUUAUAGCACAUGCCAGCGUUCGCUAUUCUACCCUCGCUCACUUGACCGCUCACCCCUUCUUUGAGACCGUAAAAUGGGACGAUCUACGAGCUGUUCGAGCCCCUUUCGUUCCCGCCCUCGAUUCGGAACUUGAUACAGGAUAUUACGACGAUUUUACGUCUCCUGAAGACAUGGCCAAGUACGCAGAAGUGAAAGAAAAGCAGAAGAAUGUGGAUCGAGUAAAGGAGAAGGAGGAGCCGUUCGGAAGGGGUGUGUGGGUUGGCUUCACGUUCGGGAAAAAUGGGCCUGGACCAAAAACCAACAUGGCUAGCGGUUAUGAUGACGGCGCGCUUGCAACAAUUUUCUGA